UUUUUUUAAAGAAAUGAAUAAAGUUUAAAUCAAAUUACAAAAUAAUAAAAUAAGUGGUCAGUGCUCAUUAAAAAAAGAAUAUCCACUAUCUAAUAUCAUUACUUGCCCUUAAAAAUAUACAUAUUGAGUGUUUGGAUGAAGAACUGUGCAAAAUGGAAAAUAUUAGAGAUUUUGCUCAAUAUUCAAWUCAAUUCAAAAUUCAAAUUCAAAAAUACUUAUUUGAUCCCAGAGGGAAAUUAGGUAUUCAUGGAUUUCCACCAAUAUCUACCCUUGAAAUAUUGUCUCUGAGCAGGGGAGAGAGCCUGAUAACUGUCACACUUCUAACCCUCGACUUUAGUAUAUAAAUAGUUUUGUAUUUAUCUUUAUUACCUAAUAUAUGAAACAUUUGAUUAUGAAUUAAAACUAUAUAAAGUGUAUUUUACUUUCAUAUUUUCCUUUUUAUGUUUUUUUUUUUUUAUAUAUACAUGCUGUUUUCUGUCAUCCAUCCAAACCCAAGGUAUGCCACAAACGUCUCUGGCUCUCUUUCCGGAUGAACAAAGCUCAAUAAUGUUCGACCGGAAUCUCUGGUCACGUAUCCAUCUGCCUCUAUUUUCAGACUUUGGUCCCCGAUGAUUUGUGUGUGUGUGUGAUCUCUUCUGUCACCCCUCAUCCUGAGUGAAGCCCCCCCUCUGUCCCCUCAAACACGCACGCAUUCAAACCACGGCGAUGACACACCAUUCCACCAAUUCAGUUCGAGACCAUAUGAAAUGGGCUGGGUUGCUGGGCUGCGAAGCGGUGUUGUCUAGCAUGGCCUUGAUGCAGGCCAACAAUAUGCCAGGCCAGAAGAAAAUGUCAUCAAUGGGUCAGGGGCACAGGGCCAAUCCUGGGAGCCACCAGACACACUCACAACACAGCCACAACCACCAYGGACACCAGGUUCACCACGGACAAGCCCACCACAGCCAUAUGGGACACCCCUCAGGCGGGAGCCUUCCACCCCUGCUAAUCCGAAAAGAUGGAGACUAUCACACGUCAAGGAUUAUUGAGAGCAAGGAUGCCCAGACAAACCAGAAUUUGCACCGCAAGAAGAAACACAAAAAAUCUUCCCACAAGGUGAAAGAGAAAGUUGAGCAGUUAUUGCCACACUUUGAUAUGGAUGACGACAACUCCUUCAAAGUUCAGAAGAACUUYAUCUGUGAUCACUGCUACGGGGCUUUCCGGAGCAGCUACCACCUAAAGCGACAUAUCCUCACACACACAGGGGAAAAACCCUAUGCCUGUGAUGCGUGUGAUAUGCGGUUCAUUCAGCGUUACCACCUGGACAGACACAAGAGGGUGCACAGUGGAGAGAAGCCGUACCAAUGUGAUCGAUGUCAUCAGAAUUUUUCACGGACAGACAGGCUGCUGAGACACCGACGGCUGUGUACAGUUGGAGUGAGCAAAGAAGAAAACCAGUACUCCCAGAACGCAACUCCCCACACAGCAUCUUGGAGUCCGCUCCAGCCCUCCAACAACCGUCUCUGACUGUCUGAGCAGGAGCUCUCCAACAUCAGUCCGCAGUUCAGUUCCACCUCUCACUGGAGUUUUGAUCCGGAAAAAAAAAAAUCCUGAGCUCAAGACAACUUUAGUUUGCUCUCGCCAACUGGUUCAUUGAGCUCAAUACUGGAUAUCUGUUCUUUCUGCUUACUGUUACAUUCAUCAUACAAGCAGAGGUGGAUGGACAAGCUUGGACUGUGGGUGAUUAUGAAAAUAACUGACAAAAGUAGUUCUCAAGAUUUCAAGUUGUUUUAUUUUUUUCAAUUCAGAAAUGUCUGCCUCCAUUAGUGGUCCAAACAGUUCGAUACUUCUUUCACAUUCUUUUCACCUGUAAUCAACUCUGCACCUGCCUGUUUCCAUAUUUUUUAAACAUGGACAUUUAAUGCGAGACACACAAAGCAAAGUAACAUUGUAGUGUAAAACUCUUUGUCUUAUGUUUAGUCAUAAACCAGCUACUACUGACAGGCAGAAUGCUGGCAACAGCUUUAUUCUAUUUUUUUUCCUAAACGGAGUAAUCGCCAGUUAAAUGCUGUAGAUCAAUUUAAUGUAUACUGAUUUAAAUACUUUAUUACAGUGUAAAAUUUUAAAUAGUUAUUUCUUUAUUCUGUACGUAGAAAAUAGUAUUUCYUUGCUCAACACACAAAUAGAUCUGAACUAAAUUCUUACAUGCUAAUUAUGUAAACAAGCAGAACUACACCUUCAAAUAAGGUGUAAAAAAAUCAAACGAGAGCACUAAUGUUUUGUAUCUGUUUUAGUUUUGCUUUUUAUUAGUAACUGUUUGCACACAUGCUCACAAUUUGACUUUGUCUUACAUGAAUUUGGUCAAUAUAUAUAUACUUCAUAUAUAUAUGAAUAUAUAUAUAUAUAUAUAUAUAAAUAAUCUUACACUGUUAGUUGUAAUAUGUAUGUGGCUUUUUAGAAGCCCAGAUCAUUUGAAGCCUGUGGAUAGUGGCAGUCARGAGUAACUGGAAUAAAACAAAAACUUGUUCCAAAUAUGACUUUUUCUGGUGUUUGCCCAAAAAGACCCCCUGAUGGACAUUCUUGGUGUUAAUGUUUUCUCAAAACAAAACCAUAUCAAUGUUUUCUCAAUUUAUUAGUUAUAGAUUUCUGUUUCUCUAUAAAACUGUCAUAUUUUUGAAAUGUAUUCAUGUUCAUCAAGUUCUUGAUGAAACUUGUGAUGGAAAUGAUUUGAUAAACAUGAGUAAGACUGUUUCCAUAUUCUUUUCUGGGUGGUGAAAACCAUUAAUUUAUCUCAUUUGCAAAUUUAAAGUGCUGACCUCUGUCUGACUGAAUGUUUUCUGAUUACGGUGCUGUAUUAUUUCCUGUCCCGUUUGCAUCUUCAGUGAAGAUGGAUGGUUGUCUUUUUGUUGACAGGAAAUGAGUUCAGGCCUGCAAAUCUUGAAACUAGASUGUAAUCACCAAACUAAAGUUGUAGUUCACUUGUAAAGGAGCCUGUUUUAACCGUUCUAGACAAAAAUGUUUUAUUGUAGUCAGGUAGCUCUGUUGCUGUCAAGCUUGUAGAUUGUGCAAUCAGAGUUUGGCGUCCGCCAUUUACUUUUUACAGCUUGUGAACUUAAUAUAUUUAGAGGUUUCAAAUGUCUUAGGUGUAGCCAUUAGUGUGCCUGGGACCUAACCACCAAAAGCAAAUCAAAGCUUUUACAAGAUCCUUAGUCCUUGUUUUUUUUUUCAAACUUGUGCUGAAAAGGUCAGUGCAAGCCACUGCUGGGUUUAGACAGAUUUUAUUUGCCAUCUGUAUUAUUUCAGUAAUAACCAUUAUGUAGAGUAGUUCCAUGAUUUUGUUUAUUGCAUGUAAUUGUUAAAUGAGCUUGUAAAUAUAUUUUUUUUCUUUAAUGAAGGCCUUUAGUAUUUUGUCAUGUCGGGACUGAAGUGAAAAGGCGACUUUGUCACUUUGUACUGAACGGGGUCACAAUAAAGGUUUGUUUUUGGUUUUUUAAUA